AUGGCUCUAUGUGUAGUAGCUUGUGUUUUUGUAUGCUUUAUCUUACGGAUACACUCUGUAUCCAGUGACUGUAUUUGGUAUGGUAUUUGCGAUUCGUCUGAUCCUGCACACCAGAAAUAUUGUUCGUACAAUGGUACUGCGAAAGCGUUAAGCAACGAUGGUUUCAAAACACUAUCCAGUCUAUGUCCUAAUUAUGCUGUGGGCAAUGCAAAAGUUUGUUGUGAUGAAGAUCAGUUGAACUAUUUUUCAAAAUCUGCUUCACUUGCUUCUAUGUUGUUAAAAAGAUGCCCAGCAUGUUUCGCUAAUUUUCGACUGCUUUUUUGUGCUAUGACAUGUGAUCCAAAUCAAGUACAGUUUAUUGAGCCUACCAUUAAGGGGAAAUUGGUUGAAUCUAUUACGUACACAUUGACCGAUCAUAUGGCUGAUACAUUUUUCAAUAGUUGUAAGGAAGUUACAUUUGGUAGUAAUCGUGCAAUAAGUUUGAUGUGCGGCACUUCUGAUUGUACACGUCAAUUAUUAUUAGAGAACCUUGGUAAAUCAACUGAUGGUGGUCGUAGUCCAUUUGACAUUCGAUUUAAUGUUGUCAAUUCGUCAAUUUAUAAAAAUUCUCAGACUAUUCGGCCAUUUGAUUCGUUGGCUUAUCAAUGUAAUCAACGUGUUCCGAAACGUGCUAGUGAUCCUGGUGGUCCAGCUUGUUCAUGUAUGGAUUGUUCAAGUGCAUGUUCAUCAGAACCACCGGAUUUACCACCACAGCCUAGUGAACCGACAAAAAUCUUUGAUAUUGAUGUUUGGCUAUUCAGUGGUUAUAUUGUUUUCUCAAUACUGACAAUUAGUUUUGGUACAUAUCAAAUUACAAAACUUGUUAACGGUUAUAAUAGCGCAUCGAUUAGCAGUUGUUGUGCACCAGAAUCGGAUAGAGAACAUCUUAUACAUCAACAACAACAACAUCAAACUCGAAGUGAAAGUCAACCGGAAGGUAGAAUUUGUUUGUUGGCUCGCUUGACAGCUUAUUUUAAUGAAAUGCUGACUAAGAUGUUCGCGUUACAUGGAAGAUUAAUUGCUCGUCAUCCAAUUAGUGUAUUAUUUGUUUCAUUGGGUGUUAUACUGGGGCUUUCAGGUGGUUUAGCAUUUCUUCAAGUUACUACUAAUCCUGUUGAAUUAUGGUCUGGUAAAGAAUCACGUUCUAGAUUGGAGAAAAAUUAUUUCGAUCAACAAUUUGGAGCAUUUUAUCGAAUUGAACAAAUUAUUCUUCGACCAAAAAAUAAUUCAAAUUUUACACAUAAAGCAUUAGGUGAUGCUUCAGGUGAUGCUUUAUUCGGUGCUGGACUCAAUAAAGAUUUUCUAUUGAAAGUAGCUGAUUUACAAAAUCAAAUUCAAAAUAUUGCGGUUUAUUUUGAAAAAGAACAAAAAUUUAUUAAUUUAUCAAAUAUUUGUUUUCAACCAUUGAAACCGGAUAAUCUUGGUUGUGCUAUUACAAGUCCUAUUGAAUAUUUUCAAAAUAAUUUAACUUUAUUUAAUACAAAUCGUACAGAUGAUUUUAACUUACUUAUCAAUGAUUACCUUGAUCAUUUGUUAUUUUGUACUGAAGCCCCAUUAUCUACUUAUGGCUCUCCAUUAGACCCGACUGCUGGUUGUCUGUCAUCAUCUGGAAUGCCAGUGUUACCUCAAGUUGCGUUAGGCAGUUUUAAUGCAUCAUUUUACAAUGGAUCAGCUGCUGUAGUACUCACAUUUCUUGUCAACAAUAAUCCUGACCCAAAAUCAAUUCAUGUUCAAAAAGCUAAACUAUGGGAAUCAAAAUAUCUUCAGUUGAUUAAAGAAUGGAAACUAAAUAAUACAGAAAUUAUUGUUAGUUAUACAGCUGAACGUUCUGUAGAAGAUGAAAUUGAACGUCAGUCAAAUUCGGAUAUAAGUACUAUAGCUAUAAGCUAUAUUGUUAUGUUUAUCUAUGUCAGUUUGUUUCUAGGGACAUAUCGAAGUUUUAAAACAAUACUUGUUGAUAUGCGUAUAACACUUGGUCUAGCUGGUGUUCUUAUUGUACUAGCAUCUGUUUUAGCAUCUAUUGGUUUUUGGAGUUAUUUAAAUUUACCAAUUACUUUAAUUAUUGUUGAAGUAAUACCAUUUUUAGUAUUAGCUAUUGGUGUUGAUAAUAUUUUUAUAUUAGUACAUGAAUUUGAACAUAGUCAUAAUAGAUCUAUAAAUGAUAUUAACUUAUUAAAACAAUAUAUUCAUCAAUAUAAUAAUGAUAAUGGUAAUAAAAAGAAUCAUUCAAAUAGUUCCAUUUUAAAUCUAACUCAAAAUGAACAAAAUCCUGAUCAAGAUAAUGAUCCAGAUCAAUUAAAUAAUUUAAAUGAACCAAUUAAACUAUUAGUGGAAGAUAGAAUAGCUGAAUCAAUGGGAAGUGUUGGUCCAUCAAUGUUAUUAACUAGUUUAUCAGAAAGUGUUGCAUUCUUUUGUGGAGCACUAACUACAAUGCCAGCUGUUCGUGUGUUCGCAUUAUAUGCAGCUAUGGCUAUUGUGUUCAAUUUUCUCUUACAAAUAUUUGCAUUUGUUGCUUUGCUUACAUUAGAUGGACGUAGAUAUGUAGCUCGUCGUUUCGAUGUUUUAUUCUGUUUUAAACUUAAACAUGAAUUUGAUAACUUAAACGAAACUCAACAAUUCAAUAUUUCAAAUAAUCAUCCUCCAUUAACAAAUAACCAUGGUUUGAAUAAUACUAAUUUAACGAUUGGUCAAAAUAAUCGAAAAGUUUUCUCAUCCGAUAGUGAUUCAUUAUCGCUUAGUUCCACAGCGAUGGAUGAUAAUAAUAUACAUGAAAUUGAUUUAGCUGAACAUCAACCAAAUGAACUAACAGAAGAUAAAAAAUAUAAAUCAGUAUCACAUUCAUGGUUACAUUAUAUUGUAGCUAACUAUCUUAGUCCAGUUAUUUUAUCGGGUUGGGCUAGACCAUGUAUUAUUAUAAUAAGUUUAGCAUGGAUAUGUUUUGCUGCAUCAAUUCUACCAAAUGGAUUACAUUUAAUUCUUGAUCAAAAAUUAUCUAUGCCUACUGAUUCAUACAUGUUGGAUUAUUUCAAUGCAUUAGAUAAUGAUUUAAGAGUUGGACCACCAGUUUAUUUUGUUAUUACUGAAGGACAUAAUUUUACUACAUUAGAUGGACAAAAUCAAGUAUGUGGUGGAACAGGUUGUUAUAAUACAUCAUUAAUAGGAAAGAUUAGUGCUGCAGCUUCCUAUCCUAAUCGUUCAUGGAUAGUAUCUCCAGCCAGUUCUUGGAUUGAUGACUAUUUUGAUUGGAUUGAUCCAAGUAGUUCAUCUUUAUGUUGUCGAAUUAAUCGAAAUACACAUAAAUUUUGUCCACCUGAUUUAAUUGAUAACAAUUGUAUAUCAUGUCCAGUUUAUUUAAAUGAUGGAAGACCGAAUGCUUUAGAUUUCAGUCAGUAUUUGCCAUAUUUUUUAUCAGAAAAUCCUGGAUCCAAUUGUCCUAAAGGCGGUAAAGCUGCCUAUUCUACUGGUGUUCGUCUUUUACGCGACAACAUCAGUGAUAGUGUAACUGUUGGAGCUAAUUAUUUCAUGGCUUAUCAUGGUGUCUUAAAAAAACCUGAUGAUUAUGUGAAUGCAUUAAAAGCGGCAAGAUAUUAUGCCAAUCAAAUAACUCAAUCAUGGUAUACAACAACUGAUAAUUAUAUGAAUGGACCGAUUCGCAGGAAUACUGUUUUUCCUUACAGUGCAUUCUACGUGUUCUAUGAACAAUAUUUAACAUUAUUCAAUGAAGCAGCUUUUCAACUUGGUAUUUGUUUACUUGCUAUAUUCAUUGUUACUCUGAUAUUUUUUGGAUUCGAUUUAGUCGCUACAUUGAUGGUUAUUUUUGGUGUUAUAUAUAUUGUGAUUAGUGUAUCAGCUGUUAUGGUUCUAUGGUCUAUCACACUGAAUGCAUUAUCUUUAGUCAAUUUAGUUGUGGCUUUAGGUAUAUCUGUUGAGUUUUGUGCACAUAUAGUUCGUUCAUUUACAAUCAGUGUAUUACCAACUCGAGUGGAACGAGCUAAAGAAUCUCUUAGUGAAAUGGGUAGUUCUAUCCUUCGUGGUAUCACAUUGACUAAACUUGGAGGUAUUGUUGUUUUAGCUGCAUCAAAAUCACGUCUAUUUCAAAUUUUCUAUUUUCGUAUGUAUUUAUCUAUGAUAUUGUUUGGGGCAUUCACAGGACUUAUUAUAUUACCUGUGUAUCUUAGUUAUUUAGGUCCAAAAUUAAAUUUGGCCAUGUCAUCAAGUCGUCCUCAUAAUAUCAACCAUCCGAAUCGUAAUAAUCGCCGUGCCUAUGGAUCACGUAGUGAAUAA